GACUCCCCUCUCUCUGCCUCCCUCUGUUGGGAAGCUUUUUGUUAAUUAUUGAGAGAGUCGAUCGGGCAUCGCCGGUCCGGUCACUUAUCGCCGUUGAGUGAGUCUCUUGAGAUCACUGCCUGCUUUUAAAAUCUUUCAGAUCUGUGAAGUGGCUUUGUGUUUGAGCUGUUGAAGUGUCACAGUUGAGGGAGGGAGGAUAGUGGUGGUUGAUUCAGAUCUGUGUUUUUAUGCAGGUACGGUGAAGGGUGUGGCUGUGGUGGUUUGGGGGGGAAGAAAAUAGCUGAAUAGAAUAGAAGUUUUUAUGAUGAUGCCCAGAUAGAUGAGCAAGACUGAUGUUAUUUGCAGUGGAAGGAGGAGGGUUUUUCUCUUCUUCAGCUUCUGGGUAUAGCAAGGGCCUGACCCUUCUUUUCUUGGGCCAUAAUAAUAAGAACGAAGAAAAACAGAUGAGAGUUUCGCCAUGGAGUAAUCAAUACCAGUUGGUGGAGCAAGAAGCAUCCAACAACCCUGACCUCCAGCUGGCUUCUAGGAAAAACCGACUCGUCCGCGGUUGCGCCUCCUUUGUCUGCUUUGGUCGCGCUGCCGCUGGACUUGAGAGCAGCAGCCCAUCUCCUUCUUUAAAAGUAGGUCCUACCCAACAGCACCAGGAGAACCUUCCGGGACCGGGCCUGGGCCCUGGUGGUGUUACUACUAUCAAAGGCAAGGAUCAUCAUAUUCGCACAACUAAUCCUAUUGAUGGUGACCACCAUAUCAGGAGAGAGCAGCUUGCUCUUAGGAGUAGCUUGAAAGAUUUUAAAAAUAGUACCGAUUCUGUUUCUAGUGUUGCUGGUAAUGGAUCUGAGGCAUUAUAUGAGAAUGAUAAUCAUGUUGAAAGAAGGAAAGUGCAGUGGAUGGAUGCGUCCGGGGGAGAUCUUGCUGAGAUCCGGGAGUUUGAGCCAAGGUACCCUUAAAAUCAUGUUCUGAUCACAUUGAGCGGCUCGGAUCAUCGAAAUUUGAUCGGAAAACGGGAGAAAUGAGGAGGUCCGCAUUUUAACUAAAAUGAGGACCCCCUCACGGGAGACGGACUCUGUGUGUGUGUGUGUAUAUAGACACAAUCAAAACAAUAAGAAAAACCAGAGUGUUCCGUGAACUCCCUGCCCUAAUUCCUUUCCUUGACUUAACUCAAAACUCAAAGCUAUAUGAACUUUAUAUAAGUAUUUUCAUGUAUGUGGAGGUGAUAGUAGUAUCUGGACAGGCCUGAUUUUAAAAAUAUGAGAAAAUGACAGGCACUAAGAUGAUGCGAGGGAUCCUUAAGUGUAGAGGGUCUAGAGACAAAGCGGCAGUGAGGGAGCGGUCUAUUGUCUUAUGAAUGAGCCCUGUUAUUCAUUUCAUUUUGGUUGAAACUCAAUUUAACAAUGGCCCUGGUCGUGAGUGCCCAAAGGACUUUGGGUCAACAAAGCUUAAAAUGUUGGUUAAUUCUAUAUCGAAUGCACUUUAUUCAGAAUGUAGAAUUAUCCUUCACAAUGAAAGUCAGUUUCUCUAACAAGUUUUCUUAUGAUAUUUCAGCACCAUGUAUAGUGUAGAGUUUUUUCAUUUGUUUCAUAUGCAGAAACUGUUAUAUCGGUUGUAUUAAUGGUGACUGGUUUGUUAUGGCAGUGAUGCGGGUGGGUCAGAUGAUGAAUUUGACAAUGGGAAUGAAAGGAGCUGUUCUUGCAAAAUAAUGUAGCUCUGAGUUUUACUUGAACAGUGUCUGGGGCUCCGAAGUUUUAUAAUGCCAUGAAUGAGGUAAUGAUUCAGUUACCACUAACUGAGCUUACUUAUUUCUCCUAUGUUCUUCUGCUAAAGACUUGGGCAAAUGAAAAGUGGGAUUUUGAGAGUAGUGACGUAUGAUCAUUCCUAGGAUUUUUAAUCUGGUCUAGCUUUGUCAGAGUGAUGAGUUGUGUCUAUAUUCUGUUGGUAGGUAUUUUGAUUUUGUCGAAUUGGGCUUUACUUCGUUUUCUUCUCCUAUGUUCUUUUGCAUUCAUGCUAUUACAAUAUUGCUGCAAUCCCAUUGCUGCUUAUUUUUUCA